GCUCCACGACCCAGUUGGUUUUCUUGUUUAACUGUUUUCUAUUCUUUUUAGAUUCUAAAUGCCUCUCUUUUUACCUUCAAAUUUUGUUAUUCAUCAUCAUCUUCUAUUAGAUCCAAUAAAUUCUUACUUUACAUUGAUUACUUCACUUCACUAACUACACUUUCAAUCUCUCUUUCUUCUUCCAUUCAUCCAUCUUUUGAAACUUCCUUCAAAGAAGAAGACAGUUACUUUAUGUUGCUUUCAGUAAAUUUGUGUACUCUGUUUUCUUCUUAUCCUCUAAUCACUUCUCUUACUCCUGUCACUCAACUGCUAUCUCUUUUCUGACUUCACGGAUUUAAUGCUUCUCGGGGUUUAUUAUUUCAUUUGUCUUUUUGGUUAUCUUGUUCUUCUUCUUCUUUCUCAGCCAACUAACAAAAAUCAAACGCAAUGAUUUUGGAUUUCUCAAUAUAACCCAUCAUGUUUUUGCCAUUAAUGCUUUGUAUCUGAGUCCCCACCUUUCCAUCUUUUCAAUUUUUUUUUUUUUUUUUUAAUUCUCUUGAGGGUAAAGCAAUGAGUAAGAGCACAUCUCCACAGGGCGGAGACACAAUGACCCACUUGGAUUUCUUCAAAAAAUUCAAGCGGUUCAAUCCUCUUGAGCCUUCUCUUGCCAUUCUUGGCUUCAUCUUUGUGGCUGCUCUCUUCAUUGGCUGUUUCUUUUACUUGGAUUACCAGACUGUCACUCGGGAGGCUUCUUGGCUGGGAUUAAUCGGCCCAUUUUCUUCGUCAGAAGUAGCAGCCGCAGCAUCCUUUGACAAGGAACGGCCGGGAUUUCUUGAUGAAGGUGGUGAAGGGUGUGAUUUGUUUGAUGGUAACUGGGUUUGGGAUGAUAAUUAUCCUCUGUAUCAAAGCACGGACUGUUUUUUCAUUGAUGAAGGGUUUCGUUGUUUAGAAAAUGGUAGACCUGAUAAUUUCUUCACCAAGUGGCGUUGGCAGCCUAAAGAUUGCAACAUGCCCAGAUUUGAUGCAAGGAACAUGCUGGAAGAGCUCCGAAAUCGCCGACUAGUUUUUGUUGGUGAUUCAGUCGGGCGGAACCAGUGGGAGUCCCUGCUUUGCAUGCUUGCGUCUGUUGUUUCCAACAAGUCUUCUAUCUAUGAGGUGAAUGGGGAACCAAUUACGAAGCACAGAGGGUUUUUGGUGUUCAGGUUCAAGGACUACAACUGCACAGUUGAAUACUAUAGGGCUCCAUUUCUAGUGUUUCAGGGUCGGCCUUCAGCUGGAGCUCCAAAAGAGGUGAAGAUGACUUUGAAAGUAGAUCAAUUGGACUGGACUUCUGGUCAGUGGAGAGAUGCAGACAUUCUGGUUUUUAACACUGGGCACUGGUGGAAUAUUGAGAAGACUAUAAAACAGGGUUGUUACUUUGAAGAAGGGGCAAAAGUGAAUAUGGAGAUGAGUGUUGAAACUGCAUUUCAGAGAUCCAUUGAGACAUUGAUUGACUGGAUUGGUUGUCAAGUAAAUAUGAGCAAGACCCAAGUUCUCUUUCGAACUUUUGCUCCGGUGCAUUUCAGAAACGGCGAGUGGAAUUCUGGCGGCAGCUGUCACUUGGAAAAGCUCCCUGACUUGGGGCCAUUACCGACUUCACUUGGAUCACAUUUUGAAAUAGUAGCCAGUGUGUUGUUAAAGCACUUGAAUGAGUCCCAAGCGAAGAACUUGGAUUUAUUGAAUGUGACAAGCAUGUCAUCUCGAAGGAAAGAUGGCCAUGCCUCCCUGUACUAUUUAGGACCCAAGAUUGGUCCAGCACCUCUCCACCGACAAGACUGCAGCCAUUGGUGCUUGCCCGGUGUACCGGAUUCAUGGAAUGAACUUCUUUAUGCACUGUUUCUGAAGCGGGAAAGUUUUCAUGUUCAAAAUUCAACAGAACAUACUCAACCUCUUCAUUCAUGAUGUUACAGAACUCUUUUAAGUUUUAGGAAACUAGCACAUAGUUGGCGCAAAAUUAUCUGUAAAGCUUCGGUAAUGGCUUCUACCUCACCUCAUCCAUUGAUCAAUCAAAGUUUACCCACAUAGAUUUACCUGAAACAAAUCAUCGUUGUUAGGAUUCGCAAGCGGAUUCUAGGCUGCUGGUUCCGAAUUCUUGGGAUAGUUUAAAGGGGUUGGUCUUGGAGAGUGGAGACAUAAACACAUUAAUUCUGCAUACUGUAUAAUCUUAGGAAAGAGCAUGAUCAAAGGGAUUUUGCCAGUCCUUGAUAUAGUCAUCUUGUAAUUUCUAUGUACAUGGAAAAUUCUGGAUAUAUUCAAUACAAAAUUUUUACUUUUCUUUU